AAUAUUUAAUUAUGUUAACCUUGUGAUAAUACUAGUAACAAGCCUCGAUAACGAGGUUUAUCUAGAGACAAUUAUUUAACUACCAAGUUCGCUCGCGGUAUUUGUUCACUAAACAUUGUCACAAUUUUUUUUUUGUACGACGAAAAUAAAUAAAAGAAACUUAAACAAUGUUUCAGUAUUUUAUUUUAAUAUUAAAUAUUUUGGGCAUCAUUUUGACAGCAGAAGCUCAAAGUUUCAGAAAUCAUCUGAAAGUUUCAACGCGACUAGACUUGUCGGGGUCAUUGAAGCAUCUUUGUGCUGGGGAUGAUCAAAAUGAUGACGAUCAAGUUGUCUCCUGUGCUUGCCUGAGUAAAUUGUCAGUUGUAUCGACCGUCCAAGUGGGAAAGUACCAAAAUGUCUACCAUUACAACGAGAGCAAUCAAUAUGGCGUAAACACUUACGCGUCACUUCACCAAACUGAAGAAGACUUGGAAGUUUUUGGCUUCGGACGCUUCAAUUUACAUAAUGUUAAAUGCGUAGAAAAUAAUGAGGUUAAAGAUGUUGAAAGUCGGUACACUCAUUGGUUCCACGUUUAUUAUACUUGGUCAAGUGUAGCUACACCAAAUAAAUUUGUUGAUUACGAGGACUAUGAGGCCGAGGUUCCAUUGCCAGUAACGAUUGUAGAUAUUAAUCUUGAUAAUGCACCUAAGAUUAGAAAUUUAAUAGUAAAAUUGAACAGUACAGAAGUUUAUAAAUUCGAAGAUAAUUUGGGAACAAUGUGUGGUGAAUCGCUAGAAAAAGGUUCGAUGGAACGUGCAUUGUGGAGCAUUGUAGAUCAAGUUCUAUUACAUAAUGAUAAUAAUUGCAACUAUCCCAAGGGUUCCACUUUCCCGACUGUCGAAAAAAUUCCAUUGACUAUGAUAGUUGACAAGCCUCUAAAGUGUGGCCAGUAUGUGCUUGAGUUUUCAAUUCAUUUAGAUGAUCUUCCAACAAUAAAUUGGAUUGGUAAAAUUUAUUGGUACUUGGAAGCUGGUAGUACUUGCGUUGGAUAAUUGACCGAAAAAAAAAAAAAAAAAUUUCCUUUGGAAUUCAAUGAAUUGUAUUUAUAUUUAUAAAUGAUGUAUAAUUAAA